AUGCCUACUCCGAUCCCCGGACCUCCUGGUGUCCCGCUUCUGGGCAAUGUUUUCGACGUGAACCCGAGUGAGACCUGGAACUCUCUGAAUAAACUUGCGAAGCAAUACGGUAAGCUUGAUUUAUCUUUCAGUAGUCAGUUGCUAGCAGCGGUCAUGAUGCUCAUGUCUUCGCCAGGUCCCAUCUUCAAGAUUAAUGCGCUGGGUCACCAGCUCGUCUUCAUUGGCAACGUGAAGCUGCUGGACGAGAUUUGCGACCAAAAGCGAUUCCGAAAGUGUGUGACAGGCCCGGUGGUGGAGAUUCGAUACACCGUCCAUGACAGUCUCUUUACGGCCUACGAUGACGAGAAGAGUUGGGGCAUUGCCCACCGCAUCAUGGGGCCGUAUGCGACCCAAGAAGCUACGGAGCAAGUUUUCGACGACAUUGCGGAGGUGAUCCCCGAUUUGACGAAGAAGUGGAGCGCGAGCCCCAAGCAGCGCAUCAAGGCGAGCGAUGACCUGGACGUUAUUCUCGUUGCCUCCUGCAUGAAGUCCUUUUUCAACCAGCGCGUUGACUACAUUUCCAAUGCUGCCGAGCGGAAGAAGGGUAUGGAAUGUGUCACAGCCUUCGAGAGUGCGACUAUGGAAGCAUUGAAGCGUCCUACUCGCCCCGGUAUCUUGAAUAUGCUCCUCAAGCCCCGUUUCGCUUCGUGGACCUCGACAUUGCGCAACUUCUCCAAGGAGGUCAUCAAGUCGCGACAGAACAACCCGGAUCAAGCUCGCAAGGAUAUGCUGGAUGCGCUGUUGAACGGCGUCGACCCCGAGACCCAGCAGAAGCUCAAGGAAUCCCAGGUGAUUGAUGAGAUCAUCACCAUCUUCAUUGGUGCUGCCACUGCUGCGAAUCUGUUGACCUACGCCGUCUACUACCUCGCCAAGAACCCCGAAGAGCUGAAGAAGGGACAGGAGGAGAUUGAUUCUAUCGUGGGCGAUGGUCCCAUUGACCUGCCCCACCUGAAGCAGCUGCACUACGUUGAGGCUAUCCUGCGUGAAACCUUCCGUCUGUCCGCCACAGCUCCUGGCUUCAACAUCGAGCCCAUUCCUUCCGAGAGCAAGGCCCCCGUCCUCCUCGGAGGAGGCGAGUACGAGAUCCCCCAUAACCAGCCUAUGAUCGCCAUCCUAAACGCAGUCAACCGUGACCCCGAGGUCUUCGAGUUCCCCGAGGAGUUCCGACCAGAGCAGGUUCUGGGCGAGAAGUGGGAUAACCUCCCUGCUGCCGCCAAGAAGGGCUUUGGGAACGGCAAGCGUGAGUGUUUUGGCAAGGCGUGGGCCUGGCAAUGGUCUCUCUUCACCUUGGCGAGCAUCAUCAAGGAGACCACCUUCGAGUUGGAGAAUCCCAACUAUGAGCUCUUCGCCAACGGUGCCUUCAGUAUUAAGCCCUUGGAUAUGUACGUGCUUUUCAGCCCUCGCAAGUGA